UGACAUUCUCCAGGGCUGACAACAAAAUAAUUUCAAUAGUGGGACCUCGCAAUCCGCGGCACUCCGCUUUUAGCAGUUGGUGAUACUCUACUCUACUGUAAUAGACCGUCCACAUUUUUUCUCACGUCCGAACAAAGUCAUCUCGCGGAUGAUGAUAUUUGUAAUGGAGUAAUUUCAGGGUGGAGCUUUCUGGUGCCUCGUGUCUGGCGAAGUUUCGGUGUUUUCUCACUUUGUUCCCACAGGACGUUGUUCCUCCCAUUCAUGUCUUCUUUGUCCUCUUUGAACAAUGUUUCCCGGGUUCUUCCCUCCAUACUGAAGUUCCUUCCAACCACAGAAGAAGCAACCCACCCGUUGUAAAGUGAUGUUUGGGUCGGGUUUCUGAGAAAUUUGCGAUGUCAAAAUUGCCCUGCGGAUAGUUUGCGGAGACCGUCUGCAAAACGGAACUUGGUCGUGAUUUGUGGAGCCGGGUUCUCGUCUACGCGAAUGUGGUGAUUUGGAUAUCAAGGCCUGAAUUGCAAGAGAGUGAAUGUCGAAGCGGCUAAUCUGCACAGAGUAAGGGAGCAAGGAUUCAAAUCAACAAGACAAAAGAAGAAGAGAUCGUUCAGGCAUCUCCUGGAGUUUGAGUCUCAGAAUAUGGCGGCACCUGGGGUUCAGAUAGCGGAGACAAAUAUGAUCUCAGUUGAGAGAAGCAUAUUGGACACCAAAUUUCUGUGAAUGUGACUGCGGAUCUGCAUCCUCAAGAUCCAAUCUCCCUCUCGCCAUAUUUGUGUGAAAGGGUGAAGCCAAAGCGGGGAUGCUCUUACAGUAUGGAGGAAGGAACAUCUGGAAAGGUGAACACAAACGAAGAUGUAAAAAUGUUUCCAGAGGUGACAGCGACUUUGCCUGCCACAACUAUCCCUUCUACAGCUGUCACCUCGGGUGCUCCUGCAUCGACAUCGUCAGGUGUAAAAAAAGACCGACGAUACGGAAAACCCAUUACUGAGAAAUGGCGACCCGUAUAUGUUUGGCUGGAAAGUCUAAAACAUAAAGAGGUUGUGAAAGGGUCUGAGAUCUCAGAAUGGUUGGAGCGUCAUCCUGAUGUCGGGAAAAAGUUGCAUGCCAGUCACACUCAUGAGCAUGUUUUCAACUACAUCCAAAAAUGUCACUCUCGGAUGCUCGCUGAUCCUGGGAGGAGGAGCAGUCUUGAACAUCCUCGAAUGGAAGGAUCAAUGAAACGUGAGAAUGGACUGGACUCAGGAGCAAAGGAAGGAAAUCUGAGAAAGACUUAUAAAGCUGGGAGGGGCCAAUCUGCAGCUUUAAAGAUCAAGCGCAGAAAGAAGAAGAAAGCAAGGUUCACUAGUUAUACUACAAGAAGAGUUGUUACAGAUCGAAGGAAGCAGACCAUCGAGCAUCAUUCUGGUCCGCGGUCUGUAAGAAAAAGAGACUAUUCACAAAUGUCUAGAGAAGAGGCCGUGAGAACCUUAGAACUACUUGGUCAGUUGCACAAAGCACUUGCAGAACAGAUCGAAGAGGAUAAGCUGAAGAAACAGACAGCAGGUACACGGCCUGAUGAACCCUUCGAAAGGGCGAAAUGCGUUCAAUCUUCCAAGCGAAUCCAAGAUCCUGUGACGUCUUAUGCGUGGUCCUACAGUGGUGCAUUUCCAGAUGUAGAUGUGGACCUAUCGAACAAAGAGGAGAAGAAAGAGAGAGCAACACCCGCUGCAAGGGCUUCCGAGUCCACCUCUUCCAAUUGCAGACACAAAAAUCUUAAUAUCUUCAGGUGUCUUUUGGAACGAGAAAGUGGUGGAAAUUCAGAAACAGUAGCUGUGCGGCCGCUUGACGUAGGUACUCAUGGUCGGAGAUGGACAACUCACGUUCAAGGUUGGGAUGCUCUCGAUAAUCAGUUCAAAGGGCCAAUAGCAUGGUUGCAGCAACAAGCUUACAGCUCUUUCCGAGCGACCUGGUGUGCUUAUACAUCAAGUGUUGCCCUUGCACCUUUAGAACGUGUGGACCAAGGAGUGCAAAAAGUGUUGGACAUUAGAAUGCAUCCGGGUGGAUUGCCGCAACUUGUGUGCAGUUGCAAUGCAGCACCGAAUGAAUUACUGACCUACAAUCUGGUGAACGGCAGAGCCAAAGAGCUAGUUGGCCAUAAUUGUCAGAUUCAAGCCGUCGAGUAUGCCAUGGAUGGAGAACGAAUUAUAUCAUGUGGAACAAACAUCGUGAAGGUUUGGGACUCUUCAUCUGGAGCUUGUCUCCAUACGAUGGGUCCAGGAGAUACUGACGGCACUCCUGGACAUAAGAAGAAGAUUAGUGCAAUGUCCGUGCACCAUUUACAAUCCUGCCUAGUGGCUACCAGUGGUGGGGAAGGCGAAAGUGAGCUACUUUUAUGGAACGUUCGAACUGGAGAACUUGCAUCCGAUUUGAAUGCAGAGAUGAGACAACUGAGAUCCAAUCUGCCUUCCAUGGAUGCGAUGAAGUUUUGCCAUGAGAGCCUUCUCAUUUGUGGAAGUGACUCUGCAGAUUCACAACCUGCAGUUGUUCAGAUAUGGGAUGUGGAUGCUCUUAAAGAGCUAAUGACGUUUCCUGCAAAUGAUUCAUAUAUCACGUGUCUUAACACUGAUCCCUCAGGCUCUACAAUCAUUACAGGUGCUGGGGAUGGCACUGUAGGUCUCUUUGAUUUAAGAACUGGAGGUGCUAUUUCUCGUCUUCCAUUGGGUAUAAGCUGCGAGGCAACAUCUGUGGCAUUCAGUGCCUGCGGUACAUUUUUCCACUCCUCCAGCACAGCGAAUCAUUCCCUGGUGUGGGAUACACGCAUGAUGCCCAUGGACAGAGGUGAAAGGCCUGGAGAGAGACCUAUAGCAGUAUCCAAACCGAAUAUGUGGACAGCAAGACCACUGCACUGUCUAAGUCAUGGUGAGCCCAUGCCCACGACUCAAAAUGCAGGCCAGUUGCCCGGAUAUGUGGACGAAGGAGAUGGAGGUGUGAAUGAUGCACGAUGGUGUCAGAGCGCCCCUGUACUUGUAACCGCAAGCGGAAAUGGCAGUAUUGCAAUGUGGGACAUAACAUUGGGAAGGCCAUGUGUGAGGCUUCUUACGAGUCAUACUCGAUGUAUCAAUACGGUGGCUAUCUCCCGUGAUGACCAAUUUAUAUGUAGCGGCGGCGAUGAUCAGAAAGUUGUUCUGUAUGAAAACAGACAUGGAGAGACAACGCGUGGCUGGCGGUUGACACAUCCCCUUUGUGAGGAGCUACAGCCUGCAACAAUGUCUGAUUAGUCUAUAGCUAGGCCCCGUCAGUGGGCGUAAAUAUCAACAUUUUUCUCCCUACCGGAGUACAUUUUAGCGAUGCAUGUAGAGGCACUCUCAUUGCAUUUGCUUACGGUAGUUUUUAUCAUUGACUAAUAUGAAAAUAUGUACAGAGAAGAUACUGUAAUUUUGUAAAGCCACAUGUAUCUCUUUCAAC